CCAGCAAUGUCCUUCCACUACCUGCCCCCGGAGAUCCGGGUCCAAGUCUACAAAGAGUACUUCACCCAAGAGGGCGGCUACCACUAUAAUCACGACACGGGACGGCUGACGCUUGUAGAUGGCAAUCCCAUUGACCUGGCCCUAACAUCCACGUCGAGACUCAUUGCCCAGGAAACAUGCGGCCUCCCCCUCUCCCUGAAUACCGUCCACUUCUCUACUGGCUGCCCCGAAAGAUUGAAGCUUGCGUCAUGGUGCAUCUACUACCUUAUGAAGGACAGAACCAGGCAUCAUCACUGGGCAUUUGAGCACUUAGGGAUAUUCCUAACCCCAGAGGUCUACGAGACGGUGGCUCAAAGGUACCCGGGAUUUACACGCAUUAUGGAUCAAAUGAUCGCUCGUCCUAGCGUGAUAAAUCGACACAAUCCCGUGUAUGUUUUUGACUCGGGCGCGGCGCCAUCUCUUGUUGAAGAUGCAUCACAGCUGCUCCUCCGUACCAUUCUUAGGGUCCACGGCCAUUCACGGGUGGCUGAUGCCAUUUAUGAAGCGUGGGAUCACCAUGGUCUCACCCGUAGAAGUCGACCUUCUGAUCCUUUCGAAGUCCUCCUCCUUGACCACCAGGAAUGGGCUAUGCCUUCAAAGCGCUUGGCCAAGAAGCUCGCACGGAAGUUGGCCGACGUCUCUGAAUUCUGGGGCCGCCCUCCUAAUCUCAGCUUCCCUGACAGGUUCCUUGGCACUAGGAAUAAGAGUCGCGAUUGCAAAUUCCGCUACUCAGCAGCGGCGGCUGCGAUUAGUUUCCUCAAACAAAUGCCGAGGAAUGUGCGCCUUGGACUCAAAAAACUCAAGCUCCUAGAGGACCAACCAUCCGCCCACAGAGCGCCAGGUCAUGGUCGCGGGUUGAUACCUUUCUGCGUGGAAAACCCCUCCCUCAAGGUGGAGCGGAAAGUUAGUCUGUUUGGAAAUCUUCUGCAAUGUUACGGCCAGAGCUCACGCAAACUUUUCCAUGAAUCGAUCCCCUGUGUCCUCUCCACGUGGCUAGUAGAGGCUUUGGCCCUGCCCUCGGCCGGCAUGCCUCCUGGCUCUUUCUCGCUCGUCAUUGACGGUGAGCCGGCCCCCGACCAGGCCAGUGAAAUCUUCCAGGCAUUCAUGCAGCGACCCGCGGCCCUGCAGGCGGCCUUUGAUGAAGCUUCCGCCCGCGGCUAUUUCGGCAAGACUCUAAGUUUUCUUGAGCGUGUCUUUCAUCCCUGUUACCUGCUCGAGGAUUUUCCUCGGGCCAUGGAGCUUUUGAACAACAAAGACGACACUCUGAUCACGAGCAAUUUUCACCCUGGUGAUCCGUGGGACAUCGAACAGACCGUACUUGACCGCCAACGCGUGGACUAUGUUACUUGGGGAUGCCAGUGGUACAUUUUCCCGAACAUUGGAUACGAUUACCUUGACGACCCGAUCAUUCCCAAAGAUGCGUUUGGGGCUGCUGAGAACUUUACUUAUUAG